CCCGCCCCCUGGGUCCUCUCCUAAUAUACUACAAUAUCCGACCAAUUGAACUAACGUACCCGGCUAAACGGCAACAAGCCGAGUCCCACUUAGAUUACUUUGAACAGACUGAAAAGUGAAAAGCUAAACACUCUUGUCCCCGUUGGACCUGCUUGAAAGCACGGGUACAAAAAAGAGUUUUAGGGAGAAAGUGCGACACACUUUUUUUUGAGAAUGUGGCGAAGCUGAGGUAAGAGAUAAGAAAAAAACGCGGAUUGCUGCUCAUUAAACGAUCAAGAAGUUGGGAGUGUUUUUGAUGGCGAAAGCUACAUGAAAUUCCCUCCGCUACAACAGUAACAGAGGACGAGCAGCAGCUGCGGUGGAGAGGAGACAUUUUAGGACUAACGUUACCUGCCUGCACACAGCAAAGGGAAGCGAGGAUGUUGUCUCGACUGGGUGAGCUAAUAUGGGCAGACUGGAUUUGGUUUCCUGAAGGCCACGGCUGGGCUGAUCUGAAGGACCAUGAUGGCCUUGUUUUCCCUAAAACACAGGACCUCUGGGCUACUAUACCCAUUGCCCUCUGCUUUCUGGUCCUCAGACAGAUAUUUGAAAGGACGGUAGCGACACCUCUCGCCUCCCUGUUGGGCGUCAAUGACAAGCAGCGUGUUCGUGCUCGUCCAAAUCCUGUCCUGGAGUACUAUUUCUGCAGCACAUCAAAGCAUCCCACACAGACCUCCAUAGAGAGUUUAAGUAAACAGACGGGCUGUUCAGUGCGACAGGUCCAGAGGUGGUUCAGGCGGCGGAGAAACCAGGACCGACCCAGCAAGCUCAAAAAGUUUCAAGAAGCAAGUUGGAGAUUUACCUUUUACCUUCUUGCUUUCUUUGCUGGCCUGGCAGUCCUUAUUGACAAACCAUGGUUUUAUGAUAUGAAGCAGAUGUGGGAUGGCUUCCCGAAAAUGCCCCUUUUGCCUUCACAGUACUGGUACUACGUGAUUGAACUAGGCUUCUAUUUCUCGCUGCUUUUUAGCAUAGCAUGGGAUGUCAAACGUAAGGACUUCAAAGAGCAGAUAAUUCACCAUGUGGCCACCAUUUCCCUCAUCAGUUUCUCAUGGCUGGUCAACUACAUCCGGGCAGGGACUUUGAUCAUGUUAGUGCAUGAUGCCUCUGACUAUUUAAUGGAGUCAGCCAAAAUGUUCAACUAUGCAGGUUGGAGGAAAACCUGCAACUUCAUCUUCACCAUGUUUGCUGCCGUUUUCAUUGUCACUCGCCUCGUAAUCCUCCCCUUCUGGAUCAUAUACACGACGUGGGUGUACCCACUGACCCUGUACCCACCCUUCCUCGGCUUCUACUUCUUCAACGGGCUAAUGCUAGUGCUGCAGGCUCUGCACAUCUUCUGGGCUGUGCUCAUCUUGCGCAUGGUCAUCAAAUUCCUUCCAGGCAAUGACAUCGUCGAGGACGAGAGGAGCGAUAAAGAGGAGACCGAGUCAGAAGAUGACGACAGCAGUCGCGAGCAGAGGGAAAAGUUUAAAAAUGGCUAUGUGCAGAACGGCCACCCUCUCAACAACAACCACAAUAAGAAGGACUAAAUGGACUGUGAGAGCUGCAGAUGAGGAUGUGUGAGGAGUGACAAUGGGCCCUCACAUGUGGUCCUCACCUGAAAGCCAAAGAUGGGAG